CCAAUGUUCUCAUUAAAUAACUAUAUCACUACGAAAACGUCGUUCAAGUUAAUAGCAAUAAUUUUUUAAAAAUUUCAUUGCUACUUAAACAUGUUACUAUUUGUAAUUUUUAAACUGUUUCUUAUAGCUCAAAUACAGGGAAAAAUAGAAAAAAAUUGCUUGCAUGUCGAUGAUCACUGCUCUAAUAACGAUGACUGCUGCUCUCAUAAGUGUCUCUAUUCUACUGAAUCAUCCAAUUCCAUUUGUGUUUCAGAAGUAGAAACCUCAGAUGAUUUGCCUUUGGCUUUGCCAAUGGUAUCUCACAACUUAUGUUUUCUGAAUAGAAGAAAGUGUUCCACAGAUCGUGAUUGUUACUGUUCUCAAAAAUGUUUUUUCAUCAAAGGAAUAUCUGAUGGUUUUUGUUCUACAGUAAUACUAAAUUCACCUAAUGGACAGAUUACCCGAGUUAAAAAAUAUUCGAGUACGACAGUUUUGAGUGUCGAAAAACCUAAAACUUGUGCUUCACUUGGAUCGAUUUGUUCAGAAAAUACUGAUUGUUGUUCUGAUAAAUGCGGUCGAGCCACAGGAAAGUAUUAUCAUGCUUGCGUUUCGAACACAAAUGAUUCGUUUGAUAAAAAAAUUUCCGAAUUACCACCAAUUAUCACAGAUCCAGCAAUUUGCAUUAUGUCGGGACAUUAUUGUGUUGCAGACGAUGACUGCUGUACUAAAAUAUGCGCAAACUCGAAAAUUAACUUCCACUAUCAUUACUGCCAGUUUGCUUACCGUCCUCAAUAAACCAAAAACGUUUACAAUGGCUUACAACUUGUUCAAAAAUACAUGAAUAUUUUGAAAGUUCAUGACAGUUUUUUUGAUUCAUUGUUAUAAAUUAUUAUAUUUCAAUAAAGGUGUAAUGCAGUGUUAUAAAUAAUCAAAAAUAUAAA